AUUUACUUAAUAAAUUCAAUUCAAUGGUCAAUAAGUACACCUAUCUUCUACUAAUGGACAGUAUGCGGGAAGUCAGGACGUCGGAACUGAUGAUGAUUGAUCGGAUCUUUGUAAAUGAUGAAACUAAGGCCAAUGAAGAGCUGAAGAAGGAAGAAAAACCAAUAUUUCCAAAAGUAGAAGCGGAUCCAAUGGAUGAGGAAAAAACACUACCGUCGUUAUCAAAUAUUUCCGUUAAAAAAGAGCUCGAGGAUGAUUUUUCUAGUAUCGAUACAGAUUCAAAGUUGAAUAUAAAGCCGUCGAGUAGUACGAGCGGUGAUUACGACGAGUGGCUUGAAAUCCAAAAGGAACUAGGUGUCUAUCCAUCAGCCGGGGAUUCCUCAAAGUGUAAAAACAUAAACAUUAGUGGCAGUGUUGGUGGUGGUACUGGUGGUAGUGCUAGUGUAACUGGUACAAUUAUUAGACCAUCGAGAAUGGAAAGAACGCGAAAUAACGGCGAAAGCCGUACAACAAAUACCAGUAGUGCGGUGAGUGUUCAAAGUGCAAGUUCAAAGAACAUAUUUGAAUCAGACUCAUCGAUGGAAUUAGAUCGACGCUGGUGCAGCAGUGCGACAGAACUUGAACGUGAUUUACUUGAAGAUGCUGAUAGUCUUGACGAAUUAGCGUUUCAUUCUCAAGUUCAAUGUCCCUCCGCGUUAUCCGGUGAAGUCGAUAACAGUAAUAUUCUCGAGCAUGAUGAUAUCACCGCUCAAGUUCAAUCUGCUAUCGAUAGUAUUUUGAAUCUCAAAAAAAUGCCCUCUAGUUCAACAGCAACUAGUGGUGCAAGUGGUAGUACUGCCCAAACUAGUGAAUCUAAAGACUCAGUACUUGAUCAAGCGGUUCGUAGUAUACUGGGCUCGUGACCCUCCUCGAAAAAUAAAGUAUGUUGAACAUUCAUUAAGAUUUAAAUAAUAUUACCACUCAAUUAUGUUUUUAUCAUGUGUAUUUAUCACGUUGAAAAAAAUAAUUAAUAAUAAUGAUUUAUUAUAAUAACCAAGGAUGAUAAAACGGUUGUAACGCCACCACAAUGUCUUUCACUAAAACAUUUGGUUUGACUUUUAUGAUUUAACGUUUAUUCCAACCGCAAUUAUCAAACUUUAUUUAUUUAUUUUUUUUUUUCCAUUUCACUAUGGCAAUAAUUAUUUAUACACAAAAUUGUACACUAUCUUAUUAAUAUAUUAGCGGUAAUUGGAGAAUAUAUAUUAAAAUAAUAAAAUAAUGCAGAGAAAAAAAUGAAAAAAAAAAAGAAAAAAAAACAAUAUAUAAUAAUGAAAGAACAAAUACGCCAUCGUGUAACUUUAAUUUUAGAAGAAAAAAAUGAUGUACAUGUGGUUAGGCAGAUAGAUUACAAUAUGUUUCUAUCUGCCAGAUUUGUAAUGUAAUUUUGUAAAAAGAAGCUAUUUAAAAAUGAUUUAUCUCAAUUUAUCUGUCAGUUUAUUGGAAUAAAUUGUAUAAGUAUUCCAGUAUGGCAACUACGAAUUGUACAUAUAAUUUUUAAAUUAUAUAAUUAUAAUUACGAUAAUUGAUAUUAUUAUUAUUAUUAUUAUUAAUGUUAUUAUUAUUAUAAUUAUUGAUAUUAUAAUUAAAAUUAAUAUUAUUUUAGUUGAAUUGGUGUAAAGCGAUGGGAAAUUUCCAUACAAACGUUUUAAUAAAUCUUUGAGGGAUUUUAUUAUAAAUAAUAAUCAUAGUUCUGUCAAAAGUUAAAUCAUUUAUAAAUAAAAUAAUGUGCACCCCGUAAUUUUAAAUUUUUUCUUUUUAAAUUAAUAAAAUUAACAAAUCAAAAGUUAAUUUUUUAAAUCCGUGUAUAAAUAAACUGCUAAAAAAAAAACCAAUAUCUUAAAAUGACUGAUGAUGAAACAAAUGUUUGAAGUUAUCCAAUUUAGCAUUUAAAAAAAUGUGAAGUGAUUUUUUUUGUACAAAUUUAAACAUAAAGAAAAAAGCAAUUCGAGUAUUAUUAAAUAAAAUAUACUAUUAUAUUAAAUAUAUAAUAUUAAUAAUAAUAAUAAUAUAAUAAUAUUAUAAUAAAUGAAAAAAUAAAAUGUUAAGAGUAACAAAUAUACGUACAAGACCAACAGACAUCACAUUUACACAACCAAAUUUGGUUUUUUUAUACUAAAAAAUAAAUGUUUAAUCGAUAUGAUAUGAAAAAAUUUUUAUAAUUACUCUCUAUGUAAUAAAUCAAGUGUAUUAAAUAUUACGGGGUGUGCAAUUAUAUAAAAAUAAAUAAAAUAAAAUAACUAAAGUAAUUAAAAAAUACUUAAAAUAUUUAAAAAAAGAAGAAGAAAGAACUAGAUAAAUAUAUUACUAGUUUAAAAUAUCAUUUUUAUUUCCAAUGUUUUUUAAAAAUAAUUUACGAUACAGGGACAGUCUGAAAUUAAACUGAGAAUCAAAGAUACACGUUUUUUAUCUAGCUUUUAACAUUUUACAUACUUUUUGGCAUCACAUUUAAUAAUAAAUGAAUAGAUGUGUGUAGAUAGAUUACUGUGUAAGAGAGUUUAACUGGGGAAAGGAUUAUUUUAUACUUUUUCCGAUCUUUUAUCAAUAAUGCAUCUUUUUUUAUAAUACACUAGAGCAAAUUAUUAAUUUUAUAAAUAUAUAUAAAUGAAUAUAUAAAUAUAUAGAUAUAAAAGAAAGGGAGAAAGUCGUAUUAAGAUUAAAUGAUAAACUAUAUCUGUGCUAAUUAUUUUUUUAAUUUUAUUUAUGCUACCGUUUGUGUACGCAAUUUUAAUUAAUUAAUUAUGCUGUGACAUUUUUAAUAGAAUUUACCAAUACGUUAAUUAAGUUUUUUUAAAAAGUAAGUAAUUUAAUAAAUUUAAAAAAAAACUAAUAAGUUUUUUUUUUGAAGGAAUUGGAAAUUUUAAAUAAACGUCGCAUCCUUUCGCCGGGUGUUCUCUCGAUAAUAAUUUAAAAGAAAAAAAAAGCAACAAUAAAUCUUUUACAUAAUCUGCUAUGUACAGAAAAGCAUAAUAAUAAUAAUAAUAAUUAAAAGAAACAGUGUGAUUUUUUUUUUGGCAAAAGCAAUCUAAGACUGAAAAAAAUAGACAGAAAAAUAAUAAUAAAAAAAAACUAAGUAAAUGAUUAAUUAAAAAGAAAAACAACAUGCAGAACUAUUAGCGUAAUUAAAUUAUAAUUUGUAAAUAAAUGAUAAUAAUAAUUAAUUAAUUGCACCUAAAAACGGCAACUGCGACUUAAUUAUAAUAUAUAUAUGUGGGCUCUGGCAGGAUUUUUAAAAAGAUGAAUAUAUUAAAGUUUUGUUGUUCCUAAUAAAUUGCCGACAUUUUGCCAGUAUAUAAUUAUUUUUAUAUAUAUACAUACAUAUAUAUAUAUAUAUAUUUUAUUUAUAACUAUAACAUCCACUUAAUUAAUUAAUUAAUUUAUUAUUAAUAAUAUUAUUAUUAUUUUUUAAUUUA